UUCGCUUCGUUUGCCUUUUUUGGUGAGCUUUUGCUGCGUUGCUUUGGUACAGACCUACUACACCUGGGGAUCUGGUAGUGUGGUUGAAUCCAGUCCGCUGGGUCCAGUCAGUGUGUGGGGGUGGAAAGUCGGAAAAACUUCUCAGCUGAUGCGAUUCUAAGCUUGAUGUGUGCGUGAAUAAACUGCUGAAAUAACUAUUGUGAAAGGAAAAGUUUUGCAUUGUGCCGUGGUCGCUAGGUGCGUGUGUGGUGCUUGUUAAGAGAUAGUGCACCGGAAAAGCUGUGUAAAAGUAGCGGAAAUCACCUCCCAACACGUAGUCGACGUAGUAGAAGAGUGGAAGCUGUUCUGGUAGUUUAAUUGAAAGUUGGACCAUUUGACGGUUGAAGAGAAGAUUAAAGUGAGUCUGGCGGUGUGCGAAAGUGUGGUUUUUGUAUGGAAGCAAAAAAAAUGUGGAUCCCUCGGCCAAAUGAUAGAAAUUGAAACCGUCUAUGCUGAAAGGGGUGUAAAUUUGUGAGAAAAAGUGAAACAGAGUGCCACAUUUGUGGAAACCGUUGCCUAGAACGAGCGACGUCGACGUUGGAAGCAGGAACAGGAACGAUUGCUGCCCAAAACGCUAGGCUAUCUUCCUUUUCACCGCUGCACAGGGCACAGUACAAAGCAGCACGAUGGAAUUAAGGAUUGUUCCGGUGAUUCAAUUUGUCACGAUCGUUGCCGCAUUCAAGCUGAGCGCCGUUAGCUGUGUGCCCAUGAAGUAUGAAAUCGGCUACCGUAGUAGUAUCGAUCUGGACACGGAGCAAACCGAAGCCCGGUACGACCAGGGCAUGCUGGCGGACAUCAUAAAUGACGAACGGCCCGAGAUGCAGAAGGCUGAGAGCUGCGUGGCGGACAAUUUUAAAUACGAUCACGGACAAAAGAUUCUGCGAUAUGAUCCGUGCGAAAUUUGUCUCUGCAUCGACGGAGAAAUUUUCUGCUGGUGGAAGCAGUGUGAUGUCCCAUCCAAACCGGAUCUUAACGAUAGUCCACUUGGCAGCGGCGUUCAAUUGACCACACCAGUGGCACCGCAGUCACAACCGGCUGCUACGGAUGUUGCUUUCGCGUCAUCUUCGACAAGAACGCCUCCCCCGUCGAGAUCGACCGAUGAUGUGACCACCACUACCAUUACCACACCAAUAUCUUCUAGCGCAGCUCCGUCAUAUCCGGAUCAACCGGACAACGUCAACGUCAGAAUAGUUCAUCCUCAACCGCCACCGGAGAACAUCCCGCAAAACAUUCUUUCCUUUCCACAGUCGCCUCCCAUCAUGAUGUAUCGGCCGGCGAUGGGUGGGAAAAAUGCAACCAGUCUGCUCGGUGCUACCACUGCCACCGAGCGGAACAAACACGGUGGGCCGCUGAAAAAAGUCAAGCCACUACAUCUCGCUAAUGGUGCCAGUGGUAAAAAGCCAUUCCGGAAGUCAAAGAGCAAAGGGUACGUGAUAAACUACGGCCACAUCGAGGGCGGAUUGGAAGACGGAAGUCGGACCCGGGUGCUCGCGGUCACUGAGAGGAUUCCUGCCGACGGGAUGCGAAUUUUGAAUGAUGAUGGCCGUGCUUUCCAGGGAGGAGAAGGAGGAGGUGGACUCGGUAUGGGAAGCAAUGACGACGACGAAGAUGAGAACGAAAGUGACGAUGAAGACCAUGACGAAGGCGAUGAGGAGGAUGACGAUGAAAGUGGGGAAGCAGAAGGGCAUAGCAAUUUGAAAGCCGUUGGAAAUAGUGGCGAAAACUUCGGCGGCUUCGGUUUCGGUAUGAUCAAGGAACCGGAAGACGACAAACAGCAGCACUACAUUAUUACUUCCUCUGGGCACGUGGAAAUGUUUGACGACAACAGUAUGGAGGCAACGGAAAAUGCCUUCGGUAUGAAUCGAUUGCCCUCGAUGCAGCACCAACAGCAACCCCUAGGCUCGACUACCACCAUCCAGCCGAUGGCAUUGGUUCUCGGUGGCACACUGGACGACGACGAACAGUUCGGCACCAAUCAGGCCACUAGUUCAUCGGCCCGAGAAGGUGACAGUGAGCCGGACAGCAAUAGUAACCGAGGUGGACCGAUUCCGCCCUUGAUAACAUUGACAACCAAUGUGACACAACACUCGAAUUAUUCAAGUCGGUUUUCGGCGGAUGCCGGAGGAAGUCCACCGUUGACACCGUUUGCGUCUCUGUCGUCGUCGUCAUCGUUCGGAUCGGUUAUUGAUGUGCUCAAUUCGACAGUGGACGGUGACUAUCUGGACGAUAAUCAAACGGAAUUGAUCUACCCGGCGGUGCCUGGUUUGAGCGGUGGCAGCAGUAGCAGUGGCAGCUACCGGAGGACAAGUGGGGGAAGGGAUGGAGACGGUGGUGGAGGAGGUCUGGUUAAGGCGACAACGACGACGUCAACCGCGAGUAGUGUGACGGCGGAUGCUAGCAGCACACCGGAGCUACAUUGCGUUGUGAUGGGUGUAUCGUACAAGGUCGGUGCGGUGCUGAAGCAGGAAACCGGAAACUGCCUGCACUGUGUCUGUGUGGCGGGGCCGGAAAGCGAACCGGUACCACGGGUGACCUGCACGCCACUGAACUGUCCCCCGUUGAUCCUGCCGGACAUCCUGGAUGGGGCCGGAUUUUAAUAAUAUGCCCAGCAAUCGGAUCCAACUGCUGUCGAAUAAGAGAUGACUCACGUCGGAUUCCUCACGGCAUCAAGGCAAACAGACGCACCAUCCUUUGACGAGCAGCACAACAAAGACAUCGCAUGACACGAGCGUUCUCAUCAAGCAUAAAACGAAGGUUUAAUUUCCAGUCCUAUUGUUUUUCUGCCUUCGCGGCUAAGAGCGGCGUGCAGGAGGUAAUGUGGAGAGGACUCGUUAUCCGUUAUCGUUUCUCGACGCGUAGGACAGGUAAAUUCGUGAAAUAACAAAAAACCGACAAAAGCAACAGGACAGCGUCAGAAUAUCCUGGUUUGAUUUUUUUUUGUGAAACGCAAAUUUGUCAUGUCGAAAGUGACAAAACACUGACAACAACGCCCAGAUAGACAUCCGGGUACGACAGAUCGGAGGACAGAGAUAGAAGCAAUGACAUAAAAACCCGACAGCAACACAAUUUAUUAUUUAGAGUCUCUUGUGAAUAUAUACACACACACACACAC